AGAGUGAAAAGAACACUGUAAUAAUUAUUGGGGAGAACGAUGAGGAUUCGGACCCACUCAUUCCUGGAGAAAUUGUCCAAAGCAGACUAAAGCAAACCCAUGUUUUUGUGCCACGCCUCUCAGCUGUACCCCAGGAACGUCUGGCACAAGCUAAUCUGAAGCUGCGUUGCUUAGAAGAUGAAGGACUGUAUGUCCAGGAUAGACCUACGGUUCCAUGGUGGAUCAACAACAAAAUGUCCAACCGACUCAUUGAACAAGACAAGGGAGAGCGUUGGUUCGACCCGAGCGGCUGCCUGAACUCUCUGCCUGACCCAGUGCAGAGGGGCUGCUGCUUCCAGGCAGACCCCCCUGCAGCAGGUCCCUCUCCCGGCCUCAGUACCGGGUACAUCGAGCCUUCUACAAUAGCUUCAAACACAUCUAGUAAAUGUGAUGCGGCAAUGUGGCAGCUUGACCUUAGCCUAGCGGGGCUCAUAUUCACACAUCACCCCUUGUUCAGUAGAGAACAUGUGUUGGCACAAAACCUGUUAGAGCUCCAUGAACUCUACCACAAAAAACGCCAAAUGCCAGAUGCCACUACUGCCCUGCAGGGCAAGGUAUUGUGUAACACCAAACAUCUCUGCUCUUGUUUAUGCCAACAAUUACAGAAAAUGUAAAAUAUUUUAAGUGAACUCCACUAAGUAAACUUUUACCAUGCAAUAUUAGCUAAAGGGAUUAGAGAAAUUGGAAAGUGGUGAACGCGAUUGGUUCUUGGCAGGAAACCAGUUGGGAACGAAACAAGAGAUAAGAAGAGAUACAGAGAGACAACACAGAGAGAUAGAAACAGACUAUCUAUUGAAGAACAUAUGUAAUCGGUGGACCACCAUUAAAAAACACAGAGCAGAAAAUGCGUUCACGAGCACAACUGUCAGAUUACAGCUGCACAGACUCAAAGACAUGGGUGGGAACCAAUCCGCAACUCGGAGUGGAAAACCAGAGGAAAUAUUUGUGACUGCAGAUGAUGGGGUUUUCAAGCGGCGAUUUAGUGAUCACCUUGACCAGAAGGAAGAGGAUACCACAGGGCCUGGGGAGCGGUUGAAGAAUCAGGCCCAUCAGGCCAAUCCAGCCAUCUCGCGCAGUGACCUGAUCCCUGUUCUCUCCAGAAGCAGAAGCAUCACCCCAUCACUGAGCUGCCCCCUAGGCGAAAGAAUCAGGAGAUACGAGUUGCUGCGCCGCAAGAUAACAGUGAAAAUAUUCUACAAUGAGAAACUUGUAUCCUUCUCAGAUCCAGCGUCUUUAGACGGUGACUUCAGAGUCAACAUCCAGCAGAUCUUUCACGUACGGAUAAUGCACCACUCAGAGAAUAUAAUGCUGCAGAUUUGUGAAACUUCAGGACAAAAGAGCACUGAGGUGGCCAAAGUAUAUUUGCCAAUUCCAGAUAGAAAUGUGCUGUCAAACUGCACUUCCCUCCUGGAAACUAUAGAGUUCAGCAACAAACCAGUUGUCCAGCCUCACUAUGAUGGGGUCGGGAGCAAUGUCCCAUGUAUACUAAAUUACAAGCAACCAGGAUAUCUAUUGAGCAGAGGUAGGCUGACCUAUGGUCUCUCUUGGGCUGUAGAGGAAUCUCUCUUCUCCAUGGCACCCAAAGCAACUAAAACUAAUUUUACCAAUUCCCAGACUUGCCAAGUGUUGAAGAGCCAUACACAUGAAGAGUUCCUAGGCCGGCUGAGAGACGUAAAGUAUGAUCCCAACCACCCAUCAAACACGGCAAUCCAAGGGCUGCUCAGGGAAGCUUGUGAGAGGAGAGAUGGAGCAAAGGGAUGCUUUCACAUGUACGCCUGCGAAGAGGAGUUUGACUUCACCACAGAGGAGGACUUCGAUAAGUCCCGGCGGUUUGAGCUCCUUAGGGCCAGGAAUUGUCGUAGGGCUCCGCCCGAAGCUAUCCCACUUCACGACAGCCAGAUCAAAGACUCCAUGUUUGCUUUAACAACACAUUUUAAGAAGGAGUACUCUGCAGUUCCACGUUAUUCACUAGUGGAGGAGGAAGAGGACCCAAUCACAAGUCACAUACUGCACAAUAUUCAACAAACCCAGAGGAUGCUCGAUUCAGCCAAGAGAAGAAUUGAUGACAUCAGGAAGAAGUACAAGCUCUCUGACAUUGUUAAUGAGCAUCAUGGGGCCGACACACCAAAGAAGUCCAGCUGGGAUAUCUUCAGGGGGCUGCGUCCUCUAAACCCUAGAAGGACCACAAUGAGGAAGUUGGUUCCCAGCUCCCUGCUCGCAGACACACACCUUAAGGUCCGGGUGACUGUCAACAGCGCCAUGGGUCUGCCCGUCCGACAGAAAGAUCCCCUCAAGAGGAUUCGUACCAGAAAUGUAUUCUGGUGUGGCCUGCCUGCAAGUUCCAACAGGGCAACCUUCUCAGAGGAAGAAGUUAUUCCUGAGGUUGAUGUUCAGCCGUUCUUUGAGGUCAGGUUUCAGGGGAUCACAUGUAGGAGUUGUGUAAAACAGGGACCUAAUCCGCACUGGAAGGAAGACUUUACCUUUGACUUCAGGGCCAAAGGAGGGGACUACAGCCUAGAAGGGCUUUCUAGUGCAGAAAAUGACAUAGUCAUAAAUAUGUUUGAUAACAUUUCCUUCCAACGUGCUGAGACUAGUGUACUGAUGGGCUGCGGGGCGCAGGUCUUCUCUGGCAGACAGUGGCUCGGCUCCGUCACCAUACCUUUCACAACGCUGCUGCAGCGGUCCACGGUGUGUGAGUCACUCCCCAUUGGCCAGUCUCCGCUUCUGCUUGGCUACACCUGGCCGGAGGAGGAUUCCUUCAACGACCAGGCGGUUCGGACAGAGGAGAGCUCCCUGGAAGUCUUCAUAAACCUGGACCCACCGGUCUCCAUAGCUACUGAGCUUUCAGCCAGAGAUGAGGACCAGAUUUCACAGUGGUUGUUUCCCAGCGACGAAGAUGAGGGGCUGCUGAGGCAGGCCUUUGAGUUUGAGCGCCAGUGCAGAGCCACCAGUGAAGAGAAACUAUGGGUAUCGACCACUGUCUUCAACUCUGACGCCAGACUGGUCCUGGCUACCCGGUUCUUUGGCCCACUUGCUCCUCCGAAGGAAAUACUGCAGGACACUUCACUCAACAGCAUGACUGCUUUAGAUAUCCUGGCAAUGUUUGUGUCCGUGAUUCCAACCGUGCCCUGCCUCUCUGGUGUUGGAAACAGCAGGGCCAUUUGGUUAUCCUCUGAGCAGUGCCUGGAGCUCGCAGUGGGCAACCAUAUGAGCCUGACUGUUCUCCUGUGUAACCUCUUCCACUACCAGCAAGUGGAGGCGUGGCUGCUACUGGGAGAAUCUGUCCUUGAGAAAGAGACGUCGUAUAUUCUCACCAAAAACAACCAUACAUACUUGGUUUGGAACCCCAGGGAUGGAAAGCACUACGACAAAUGCGACACGCGUUGCCCUUUGCAGACGGUGAAAGGCCUUGUGAACGGCCAUAACGUGUGGUUUAAUGUCCAACGCACAAAGCGAACCUCAGUCAUCAACUUUGACUUGUCAGACCCAGGCUCUUGGAAGGCCUUAUUCCUCAAUGGGUCUCAAGCUGCAACAUCUGGAUUGCCAAUUCAGGUGAAAUACCGGCCUGUUGAAAUGGAAUUGGUAUAUGCCCUCAGAAGGAGGGUGGAAGUGAAGCUGAGGAACAGCAUAAUGGAGUGGAGGCUCCCUCACAUCACUCGCUGGAACACCAAGUGCUCGGAAAUGCUCAGAGAAGCCCUGGAGCUCCUGGAGAAAGCCCGGUCCUCAGACUCCACCCUGACGGAGACAGUCCAGGUUCUGGAGACCAUGACAGACUACAAGGUAACUGGAUUCCCUCUUCAUCUGCCCUACCGGGACAUGAACUCAUUGGUGGACACAGUCUACAACACAGGGAUCCACAGCACAGAGAUCCCAGACACCUCAUUUGCCUUGGCCGUGUACAUCCGCCCCUACCCAAACCUCAUCCUUUCCACAUGGGUCUUCUUAGCUCGUCUGGCCAAACGCCAGUAGAGGGCCGGUUAUGUUGCAGCAGUGAACGAAUGGGUAGAUGUUUGGGCUACCAGUGAACACAACUAAUGGGAAUGUUGAUCAGAUCCUCCGAAUGUUGGAUACAAAAACAUGGAUAAAUGUGUGCACAAAUUGUUAGCAUUCUCUACUUUUACAUUUAUAGUAUACAUGAAAUGCAUGAGACCUUAAUCAAAUGUCCGUUUUUAUUAAAAGUUGCAAGAUAGAA